CACACACACACGCAUCCGUGUCAGUCAAUCAGUCCCCCCCAACCCCGCAGAACGAGGCGGUGCAAACGAGCUGAGGAACAUCCCAUCCACCGGCUUUAGCCACAGGCGUCUCGCCUCUGUGUCGAUGGACGUCACAAUGUCUGGCACCACAUAAGGGAUGAAGGCCCUGAGAGAGAGGACAGACACACACACACACCAUACAUAUGCGGCCUGGCCUGGCGUAGCCUGCCUCUGAUAUGUAUGGUGUGGCUGGCCGCCCCGUGCUCACUGUACCUGACUACAGGCGACCGGGAGAUCUCCUGUGCAUCAUCGUCAUCGGCAGGCCUGUACUCGCACAGCCGCUCGUGGUGCACCGCCUCUUGCUCUGUGGCGAACUCCAUUGCACAGAACUCACACUCCCACACCUGCACACCUCCUCCCACACUGCACACGCAGACGCACACGCAGAAAGGGAUAGAUAGAGGGAUGGGGGGACGAUUGAUCACACCACGCACGGCACUAAUGAACCCACCUGCUCGGGUUUGUGAAGCCAUCGAUUUCGGUCUCUUGGCUGAGCUGUUGGUAGAAAUGGUCAAUGACGGUUCUGUCGAAGGAUGGAUCCAUCUCUAUCAGCAGCAUGUCCUCACGAAUGGCCCCCAGCUCCUGCAUCCACUCACAUCACAUGUCAAACCGCUCGCUGCCGUGUCCUCCCCACCUUCCCUGCCUCCCUGCCUCCCUCGUGUCUCACCUUGCUUUGUGUGGCUUCCGAUCCAGGAACAUAGUCGACAAUCCGACCCACCUAGAGAAGAAAGAGGGCGCAUACCGCACCGCGGCCAUCCAUGCCAUGCCCUCCCCUCUGCGCUGCUUUGUCUACACCUCUCUCUUCCCCACCAGGCAUUCCGGCAUGGCCGCCGCCAGCGCUUCGUCCUCCUCAGCGAACGCACCCCAGUCGAUGUACACCUGCAUGUCCAGCAGCUCGGGCACAUAGACCUCCGAUGCCUCGUCGAGUGAGGACGGCCGGUCGCGCUGAGAGGCGUAGAGAGUGAGGCCCGUCAGCCGAAUGGCGUCCUCUCUGAGUGAGAGGCAAACAGGCAGUUGACACGUGGAGCAAGGUGAGUACGUGUUGCUGAUGGUGCGGUGACCUGGUGUCAGCCCCAGCGAUUUGCACGACAAACACAUCGUCUUGGCCCGCCUUGCGGCACUGGGUAAGGGCUACCGGCUGUGGCGCCGCCGAUGUGCGGGGCUUCAGAUACUGCACACCUAGGAAUCAACCCACAUAGACGUGUGUGUCUAUGGAUGUCCACGCACUCCGCUACAAUGCACCUGCUCAGCUCACCGGGCCGUCCGAAGCGGUCCUGUGGGAAGUCAGUUGAGCUCCUGACCUUGACUUGCCCGACCACGCCAUGGGCGCCCAUGAUCGACCCGAUCUCCACAAAGUCAUCCAUGGACCCCUCAUACACCACACACACCCUGGCACCAGCACCCUCACUGUCGCCGUAUCGCUCUCGGAAUGAGGCGUCGCUCUCGAGAGUCCUCUGCAGGCCGUCCCGCAGCCUGGCGAACAGCGGCCGGCUGCUGCGCCGCUGCUGCUGCUCCUCCUCCUCCUCCUCCUCCUCCUAAUGAAUGAAUGCAGCCAGCCAUUCGUGCCGACGGCACAAGAGUUGACCGACAGGGAUCCAUCUGGCCGCUAGCUUCGUGCUCGCUCUUGCCUGUGUUUGUUGCCUCAGUGGUUUGGUCUUCUCCACGAACAGAUCCCACGGGUCGGGCGGUGCCUGGCCGUCCUCAUAGCGCCACGCGUCCUUGGUGCGCCUUCCGCGACGACCCACCUGAUGGAACGAGGCAGGCAGGAUUCCGUCAGAGCAUUCUGCAGGGCGAUGGGUGCGUACCUUUGAGAAUCUGCUGGGCUGGUAGUAUUUGCUGGGCGAGGUGUCCCGCACGGCAUCGCUGGAAGCAGGCUGCGAUGAACGAAUCAGCCGGCUGAUUGACUGGCGUCGACGGACAGGCGCCAGUGGCACAAACGCGGCCGCUUCAGACGGAGGGCACUGCAUCACCAUCAGGUACGCCAUGCAACACACCCAGUGCAAGAUCUGAUGGCUGCAGGUCUGUGCUCGUCUGCGCGUGUGUGUGUUGGUCUCACUCACGUAUGUGUGAACCGACGCCGUCAGGGAUUGUGAGAGCAACAAGGCGACCUUCAUGAGCACUCCCUUCCAACCUCACACAUGCUCCACCGUCAG